GCUCUGACACAUACUUUAUAGCUUUGAUGUCAUUUUGCACAUAUUUUUGUACUGUAUUCUAGGCAGUGAACUCUGAAUGUAUUGUAGAUUACUUUUGUAUUUUUGAAACGUGAAUGUGCUCGUCUCUUUAUAAAUAUUCAUCCAACAAAUCCAACAACACCUCUUUAUUACAUACUAAAGGAAUGAUGUGCUUAUGCGCAAUUUUAAUUUAUAAGGUGGAUGUGUUCUUAUCAUACUUAAUAGUAUAUUUAUAUCUCCUAUGUAUUACUCCCGUACAUCGUAAUUAGAUACAAUAAUUAUAUGCAUAAUUGUAGAUACGUUUUUAUUGUUUUAAUAUCAUUGAUUUAUGUUUACUACCUUGGAGAAUCGAUCUAACCCAUCGAUUCCUUCUGAGUUCAACAAGUUUGCUCUGCCUGCGAUCCAGACCUUGUAGUCGAUCACAGAGUGGCAAUCCUGCUCGCACAGUUUCUGUUGACGUGGUAAAGGAGACUUGUUAUACAGAUAUUCAUGAGCAGAAGUUUGCAAAGUCGUGCCAAAUAAAAGCGAGAAGUCAUGCUGGACUUUGCCAUCUUUGCCGUGACGUUUGUCAUCAUAUUGGUGGGCGCUGUGUUGUACUUGUACCCGUCAUCCAGAAGGGCCUCUGGCAUCCCAGGUCUCAAUCCUACAGAUGAGAAGGAUGGGAACCUGCAGGACAUCGUGAACAGAGGCAGUCUGCACGAGUUCCUCGUCAGUCUGCAUCAGCGGUUUGGGUCCGUGGCGUCGUUCUGGUUCGGCGGACGGCCGGUGGUCAGCCUGGGCUCUGUGCACCAGCUACGGCAACACAUCAACCCCAACCACACCACUGACUCCUUUGAGACGAUGCUGAAGUCUUUGCUAGGGUACCAGUCGGGAAUGGGAGGCGGGGCCACUGAGACGGUAAUAAGGAAAAAGGUGUACGAGAACGCCAUCAACAACACGCUGAAGAGCAACUUCCCUGUUGUGCUCAAGCUGGUGGAGGAGCUGGUGGGAAAGUGGAAGUCAUUCCCGGAGUCUCAGCACACCCCGCUGUGCGCCCACCUGCUGGGUCUGGCCAUGAAGACCGUCACCCAGCUGGCUCUGGGCGAGAGCUUCGGAGACGACUCUACGGUCCUUUCCUUCCGCAAGAACCACGACGCGAUCUGGUCAGAAAUCGGAAAAGGCUACUUGGACGGCUCCCUGGAGAAGAGCUCCAGCAGAAAAGGACAUUAUGAGAAGGCUCUGUCGGAGAUGGAGUCCAUGCUGCUGUCAGUGGCGAAGGAGAGGAAAGCACAGAGGAAGCAGAUGGCGUUUGUAGACACUCUGCUUCAGUCCAGCCUCACAGAACGACAGAUCAUGGAGGACUGUAUGGUUUUCACUCUGGCUGGAUGCGUCAUCGCUGCCAACUUGUGUAUCUGGGCACUUUACUUCCUGUCCACCUCAGAGGAAGUUCAAGACAAACUGUACAAAGAGCUGGAGGAGGUUUUGGGUUCAGACCCAGUUUCUUUGGACAAAAUCCCUCAGCUCAGAUACUGCCAGCAGGUCCUCAACGAGACAGUGAGGACUGCUAAGCUGACCCCCGUCGCGGCUCGGCUUCAGGGAGUGGAGGGCAAAGUGGAUCAACACGUCAUCCCCAAAGAGACUUUGGUCAUCUACGCUUUGGGAGUGGUCCUGCAGGAUUCUGACACCUGGAGCGCCCCAUACAGGUUUGAUCCAGGUCGAUUUGAGGAGGAAUCAGUCGGGAGGAGCUUCUGUCUGCUCGGGUUCUCAGGGAAUCAAACCUGCCCAGAGCUCAGGUUCGCUUACACGGUCGCGACUGUGCUGCUCAGCACGUUGGUGCGCCAGCUGAAGCUUCACCCGUUGAAGGGACAGGUCAUGGAGGUCCGAUCUGAGCUGGUGUCCACACCGAAGGACGAAACCUGGAUCACCGUCAGCAGAAGAAGCUAAUCUUUAAAAAAACCUCUGCAGGAAGAAGAGCUGACGAGUAUCUAGAGAACAAUUUAUCUUCAUUAAAGGAAUUACCAGCAAAGUAUUUCUUGACUGCCAGAGAAUUCAUUUCUCUCAAUAACUCCUGUCUUUUUUUAACAUUAUGGUAGAUGACACUUUCUGGAAUUAAACUCUUAAUUUGCUUUGUUCUUAGAUGCUUUUCCCUAACCUGGUAGAUUGUUUUUUAUGUACACAGCACUCCAGUUGUCUUCUUGGCGUGUUUUACGUACAAUAAUCUGAGGCCUUAAGCACGUUGUCUGUUCACAGGUCAGAUUUGUCAGGGAAACGUUGUGGUUUCAUACUCUACGAUGUAGAGAAAAACAACUUGUGCCGCCAAAUGUUUUUCUAUAAUUCCUGAUGCAUACCUUGAGUCAAAAUCCCCAAUAACAGGGGCUUGUUUGUCCAUUUAUAUGGUCCAUGUGGCAUUUAGACAUUUCAUUCCUUUUUACACACUCACAUCUCGCAUAUUAUUAAAUAUGUUUGAGGA